AUGAGCAGGUGGCGCAAUUUGUCUCUGGGAGAUGUGGUGGAGGUCUACGCACGUCGCCGCAAUCUGGAGGGUGGCCGGAUUUCCUUGAAUCUUACUCCAGAGUCGCAGCCGCGGCUUAGCAUUGAAGAUGUGGCCUCAGGUACCCGAGAGCACGAAGGCUCCGUGGUCUCCGUGCAACAUGGCUCGGCCUUCGUGGACAUCCAUUGCGAAGUCUGUGGAGUGCUGCCUGCCACUGGAGGGAGGCACAGCUUGAGGGAGAGUGACCGAGUGCUGGUGCGAGUGGAGGCGCUGGACGAGACCGAGAGAUUUCGGCUUUCAUUCGUGAAGCUUCUCACCGAGGUUUCAGAGCACGGCAAAGGGGAAUUGCAACGGGUCAUCCAGAACAGGUUGGGGCGUCCCAUCCAACGAGGCGAUGUGGUGUACCAGGCGCCGAUGUCUUAA